UCCUUCUCUUCGAUCGCCCUCUUAAAAACCAAAAGUGAGAGACUCGUCCUCACAACUUCCACACUCUCCAGUCAUGGCCAUCAUCCACUCUGUGGGCGUCAUUUUCUGCUGUGGCGGCUGGCUGGGCAUCGUGAUCGCCGCGUCCACCAACGACUGGGUGACGCUGUGCAAGCACAACUGGAACGCCUGCCAGUGGAUGGACUCGAUGGGGAGACAGGGGCCGUGGGCAGACUGCCCCUACGCCAGCAGGCUCUACCAGUGCAUCACCCACCAGAUCCUGGACCUGCCCGCCUACAUCCAGGCCACACGAGCCCUGAUGGUGAUCGGCUCCAUCCUGGGCCUGCCAGCGUUGCUCUUGCUUGUCAUGUCCAUGCCUUGCAUCAAGCAGAGCGAGGACCAGAAGAGGAGCAAAAACGGCCGCAUCUUCGUGGGCGGAGUCCUGAUGCUCGUGGUCGCCGCCUGUGGUCUGGUGUCCACCGUGUGGUUCCCCAUCGGGGCCAACCAGGAGCAACCCCUGGUGUCCUUUAACGUCUCCCUCUACAUUGGCUGGACCGGAACCCUUCUCUGCCUGUUCGGGGGCCUCAUUCUGGUCUGCAGCGCCGCGAGGUCGGCCCCGCGCUCCUACCAGGACAGCAGGGUCUACUACUCCAAACAGGGAGGGGGAGCUGCGCCCAGCGUACCCGCUGCCAAUCAUGCCACCAGCACCCACGUCUGAGACGCGACCCAAACACCCGCUCACGCGCAGAAACUUUCACUUCGAGUGUGAGGGAUCAUUGUCGCCGAAACUAGAGAUCCACUGAUGAAAUUCAAGAGAGAUUGGACUCUUGGAAUUUUGUGCUUUGUUUUUUCUUAUCAACCCCAAAACGGCAACUUGUGGGGAAAAACAUUUAAAAACUGAAGAAAACAGCAUAGAGUUGAGAAAGAGGAGUAAUAUAUGAAUGAAUGUUUCUUCUUUUUGGAUUGAUUUUCGAGAGAUUUGCUCCAACAUUCAAUCUGGAACUUGUUGUUUUGAUAAAGCAGAAGUCAGGCUCAAUAUUCCCAACCAAGUUAAUGUCUAUAAGUAAGAUGACAUACUUCAGAGCCUUUAUUUAUAUCAAAAACAGGAUGAAAACACACAAAAAGGCUCCAUUUUCUCUGCACACCCCAGCUCUUAUGGUGCUGCCUCUGGUAAAGUUUAUUUCCUCUUGAACAUUAAAUUUUUCUGAAACGUAUUUCAAAAUGGCCAGGAAAAAGGGAACAUUGCAGUUUUAACACAUGAAUAUUAGGUUAAAAAUCAUACACAAAUACUUCAUGAUCAAAUUUGUUUUGCUCAAGUUGAAAAUGAACCGACUCUUUGCACAUUUAAAAACCACUGUUUGUGUUUAUAGCUUCUGUUUCUGUUGCGUCUGUACAUAUCUUUAGACUUUAAUGUUACCAGAGUAGUGUUAUGAUGCCUCCUCACGAUGACCUUAAACACACUAACAGAACUUCAGGUUUUAGAUCCAGUAGUGUUAUCUUGGUGUAUAUAUUGAUUCUUUUGAGCUGUUUUUCUACUUUUUUUCAAUAAAUA